GGGGAGAGGGCGGGAGAGAGAUCGGGAGAGUGAGGGAGAGAGAUGGGAGUGGCGGCUGGAAAAAUGAGGGUGAGGGGAGGGAUGAUCAUCUCCCUUAUAUAGGGCUAGGGCUUAUAAUGAUAAUAAUAUUAAUAAUAAUAAUAAUAAUCCAAAUUAUUCAUAAACGAACGGGGCGUUACAAUGAUCUAUACGGCGGACGAUGCAAGAUUUUCACCGAUCAUAAAAGCCUACAGUAUAUUUUCACUCAGAAGGAGCUCAACAUGAGACAACGCCAUUGGUUAGAACUCGUUAAGGAUUAUGAUUGCACGAUUCAGUACCAUCCGGGGAAAGCGAAUGUCGUUGUUGAUGCCCUAAGCCACAAGGUGAAGGGUGACUUGACGUAUGUCGUUACUCAACAGAGACAAUUGAUUCAGGA